AUGGAUGAAUUAUUACAGAGUAGGCCGUUAGCUCAAUCAAACAGAGACUAUGAACGCCAAACAUACAAUCUUGAACAGGAUAUAGUUUUACGUAAUACUCCUAAAGCAUACAACCAAACGGUAAAGUUAAUAGAUGAGAAUGAACGUCUCAAACGUGAAAUUGAUACUUUAAAAUAUAAUCUUAGAGAUCGAGAUAAUAAAUUAGCUCAGAAAAAAACUCGUAUUACAGAUUUACAUUGUCAAAACUUUGCAUUAACAUUAUUAAGAUACCAAGAUAGAGUAGAACUUAUAAAUACUCAAGAAACUUUACAAAAUGCUCAGAUAUGGAAUGUAAAAAAUGAAUAUGAAUCAGAUGAAAAUUCUCAAGAUAAUAUUAAUGAGAAGCAACCUUCAAGUAAAAUAUCAAGCUGUUGUACUACAGUAAUACAGGAUACUGCUCAAGAUACAGAGACAUUAGAAUCAUUAGAGGAAUGGCAUGCUCUUGAAGGUUUUGAUCGGUCAAAGAUAGCGAAGCAAGCACCAAAAAUGUUAAAAAAAAUGCGUGAAUUGUGA